UGUAGCCCUGGCUAUCCUGGAACUUGCUCUGUAAACUAGGCUGGGCUCAAACUCAGAGAUCUACUGCCUCUGCCUUGUGUGUUAGAACUAAAGGCGUGUGCCACCAUACUUGGCUCCACAAUCUGAUUUUUCAAUCUUAUGAUUUACUUAUUGCUUGUUUCUGUUGUUAGUGCUCUGUUAUGUAACCUAGGAUGACCCUGAACUCCAGACCCUAACCCAAUACCCCACCCCCACCCCCGUAAGUGCUGGGAUUACAGGCCUCUGUCAUUAUUUUUAAACAGCUUUUUUUAAACUGCUAUUUCCUUACAAGCCUUGUUAGUCUCCUCUCUAUCCCUUAAACAGCUUUCUUGCAGUUUAAUUUACAAUAAGCUGAAAGUAUUUAAAGUGUAUAUUGUCUUGACAUAUACACAUGUCCACUAAACUAGCAGUGUGAUCAAAAUGAGAAACACAUCAUCAAAAACAUACAUACAUACAUACAUACAUACAUACAUACACAUACAUACUGUGGCUGUCUUCAGACACCAGAAGAGGGUAUCAGAUCCCAUUACAGAUGGUUGUGGUUGCUGGGAAUUGAACUCAGGACCUCUGGAAGAGCAGUCAGUGCUUAACCGCUGAGCCAUCUCUCCAGCCCACGUGUGUGUGUGUGUGGUGUGUGUGUGUGUAUGUGUGUAUGUAUGUAUGUGUAUGUGAGAUCAAUGAAGGCAUGGGCGAGCAGUCAAGACCGGCAAUGGCUCAGUGGUGACGAGGUGGCUUGGACCAGGGAGGAAAACCAUAGCUGCGAGAAGUCACUUAACAAGUCAUUAAUUCGUUCUUGAUGCUUAUAUACUCCAUUCGGAGUACAACAUUUUAUUCCAUUUAUGGGGUAACAAACACACACUCCUUUCUGUGAGGUCCCAGAUACCAUCAAUCUAACUAUUCCAACUAUUUUAGGUCCCAUCCCUUCCAUUACAGCUCUCCCACACCUGUUUCUUUGACCGUUUCCCUCCACACUGCCUUUUCUACUUCCUUCACAUUUAGACUUCUCAUCCAUCCAUAUGUCGAUCAGGCCCACACAAAAGUUCCAUUUUCUCCAGAAAGCCUUUUAACUUUCCGCCAGUAUCUCCCCUCUCGCUCCAAUCUCCAAUUGUACUCGAUGCUAAUAACGCUGUAGAAUAAAUUUAUUCUUUUUAAGUUCCCCUGUAAGGACCCAGGAUGACAGUGUGCCAUAUCUGGGGCCCGGGGCCUAUGCUACUGCAUGCACUCGCUGCCCAAGUAUCCUCGCUGUCAAUCCUCCCCUCCUCCUUCAGCAUCUGCUCUGCAUUAGUCUGUCCCAGGCCUCCGCAGGCGCCGAUGAUUAAAUCAUCAUCAUUAACCAGGGCCUAUCCUGGGCAGCAGGGAGAGAGUGGGGAGUAAGAUCGCUACGUUUCCCGGGGGAGGGGGGUAUCUCUCCCUCCCCACCCCGCCCAGGGCACCCUCUCCUAGACUUCGCGAGCCGGGAAAAACUCCCGCGGCGACUGGAGGAGGCCCGCGGCUCGGACGCAGCUCCGCAACGCAGACGCCUUAGCGGAGCAGGGCUACACUGCACAGUGAGGACCCCGGGUCUGAGGCGAGGUCGGGUCCAGGGACUCCCGCGCUCUGAAGCUGGAGCGGCCGGCGAUAGCCCGACCUUGGGGUCCCGGGGCACAGGCUAUCACAAGCUCCCGAAGCUGAUCCAGAGGUUGUGUGCGCGCCGUCCGAAGAACGCCUGUGGAAGCGUGCACAGCAGAGACCCUGCUUCACGCUUCCCCCACUCCCUAACGACCACCGAGUGUUGGGGGGGGUCAGCGGGCUCAGGAGGAGGUCCGGGUGAAGAUCAAAGACCUGAAUGAACACAUCGUUUGCUGCCUAUGCGCGGGCUACUUCGUGGACGCCACCACUAUCACAGAGUGCCUCCACACCUUCUGCAAAAGUUGUAUCGUGAAGUACCUGCAGACCAGCAAGUACUGCCCCAUGUGUAACAUCAAGAUCCACGAGACGCAGCCGUUGCUCAAUCUCAAACUGGAUCGGGUCAUGCAGGACAUAGUGUAUAAGCUAGUACCAGGCUUGCAAGACAGUGAAGAGAAACGGAUUCGGGAAUUCUAUCAGUCCCGAGGCUUGGACAGAGUCUCCCAGCCCAGUGGUGAAGAGCCAGCCCUGAGCAACCUUGGCCUCCCCUUCAGCAGUUUUGACCACUCUAAAGCCCACUAUUAUCGAUACGAUGAGCAGCUGAGCCUAUGCCUGGAGCGGCUGAGUUCUGGCAAAGACAAGAAUAAAAAUGUCCUUCAGAACAAGUAUGUUCGAUGUUCUGUUAGAGCUGAGGUCCGCCAUCUCCGAAGGGUUCUGUGUCACCGACUAAUGCUAAAUCCACAACAUGUACAGCUCCUUUUUGACAAUGAGGUUCUCCCUGAUCACAUGACAAUGAAGCAGCUAUGGCUUUCCCGCUGGUUCGGCAAGCCAUCUCCUUUGCUUCUACAAUACAGUGUGAAAGAGAAGAGGAGGUAGGGGCCAGGCUUGCUUCCACCCCCUUCCCACCCCUCCCAGAUAUUUAUGUGAAAUUAACUGCGGUUUUAUUUUUUGAAAUAAAUGCUUUUAAAAAGCA